UCCUGAUGAACGAAUCUGGAAUUCCUUCUAUACAUCCUAAAUUGUUGGAUGUGAAAGACAAUUCAGAAGUUAUGGACUUUUUAGAAUCCACGAUCAGAGAGACAGAACUAGCCAGGCUUGAACAGUAUGAGCACCAAAGGAAGAAUAUAGCUGGCCUUCUGAAGAAAGAGAAUCAUUCCCUAGAUGGGUAUUUCGAUCGACUCAUUGAGAUGUGUAAAAGAGAAAUGGCAAAAGCCCAUCUCUAUUAUGACCUCCAAAGCAAACUAAACCAAGCCUUGAGACAAACCAGCACGAAGGAAUUGGUGAAUGCUAUAGCCGAAGGUCUACAAAGAGGCAAGGAGUGGGACAAAAAUUAUAAGCAAGAAGAGACCCUCACUUUGUGAGUUAUUUACUCUAUUGGUGCUAAUGUUCAGAAAAUUCAGAGUUUUAACAAUUUUGAUGACCUAGAGAAAGGAAUUGAAAAGCAAGGAUCUACUACGAUCACUGAAAAUAGCACUUCUGAUGCUCCAACUAGAGUUAAUUGCAACAAAAGCACUGAAGAGUCGACUAAAGAAGAAGAAACUAACGUUACUGGCUCUAAUGAUUGAGAGCAAAAUAAAGCCUGUAUUGAAGAAGUGAAAGACCAAAAUAAACAUUCUAAUAAAGACUCAAACAACAUUACUACAAUUUUGAAAGAAAGUAGUGACGAGGGAGGCACUAGAUGGAGAGAGGAAGAGCUUUGAGGAAAUCCUGGUAAUGAGAUUCUCAAAGAAAGAAAUAAGGUAGCUGAGGAUGCUCCACAAUGGGAAUCUUUGAGUGAAAGGAAAUCUCAAAAUGAGGAAGGUGAAGAAGCUCCAAAUCCAUCACAAGAUGAUAGUGCCUCAUGUGGUGAAAUAAAUGUUGAUCCUAAUGUGACUGAAGAGAAUCUUUCUUCAGAUAAUGAUUCCCGGCAAUCUUCUUUAGGAAGAGCAAAUAAUAAUGUCGGAAAUGAUGAAGUCAAAUUAGAAACUCCUCAACCCAACCUCAAUGAAAAGUCUGAUUUGAGUUGUAAAUCUAGUGAUAUUUCUGUCUGAAAUGAAGAAGCCUCUCAAGUUGUUAACAAAGGUAAUGCUCCCCAAGAAAGUUGUGCCAUUAGAUGUCUUGGAUCUACAAGAAAGGGCACCGAACAUUCGGAAGAAGACACUAAAUCAAAUGAUUCUAGUACUUCUGAUCGAUGUGAUGAGCAAAAAGCCAAAACAAAUCAGAAACCUGAGGCUUCAUCAACAGAUUCUGACGGUGAGGGUAAUCCUGGAUCCAAUGAAUUAGGACCUCCAAAUGAUGUUAAGAAUAAUGCUUCAGACUGUUCCGAGCUUGAGAAUAAUGCUAAUGAGCCUUCUGCAUUUUAUAAUCAGAAUGAUCCAGAAACCUCUGUCAAGCAAGAAAUCAAAAUCCAGAAAGAGCAAUUUACUUCAGAGAAGAUUUCUUCUGAAAAUAAAGGAGGUGAAGAUUCUCAGCCUGAUCAAGCUAAUGAUGAAUCAGAAGCUUCUGAAUCUCAACAAGAAAAGAAGGAGGAUUCCAGUGAUGAUAUUCCUGGAGAUAACAUUAAUGGAGAUAAAUCAGGACCUGAUUCUCUUGCGACUUCUGGCGAGAUUAAGACUGUUGAAGACUCUGACACUUCUGACGCUAGAGAAGAGAGCCAAGAAGAAAUUAAGCAUGAAAAAGAGGAUAAUUACCAAAAUGGUGAAAUUGAGGAUGUUAAUGAUGAAGGAAAUGAUUCUGACCGAUCUGAAGAACAAAAGAAUAGCGAUAAUGAAGAUGAAAUCCAAGAAGAUAUUACUAAAUGUUCUACUACAUCAAAAGAGGAAGGUACUCCUAAAGAGGCUUAUGAUAAUCAGAUUUCUAAAGAAGAUACUCAAAAAGCUCUGGAAAUUCCAAAACCUGACUCUUCUACUUCAGGUGAAGAGCCUCUUGCUCAAGAUCCUUCUGUAUAUAAUACCAAUGGGGUUCCUCAAGAUAACACUGAAGAGUCUUCUAAAGAAGGCGAUACUACAAAAGUUAUGGGCCAACCUGGUAACUCUGAGUGAGAAGAAUCCUAUUUUGAAGUAUUUGAUGUAGAAGUCCAAAAGUUCUCAGAAAUUCAUCAUCCAAGCCAAAAAGAUCACGGCAUCUCUCGUAGUGGUAAAACUGAGGAUAAAGAAGAAAACAAGGUAUCUGAAGAAGACAGUAAGGAAGGAUCUGGAGAGCAUUCUCAGAAUUCAGAAACUGUUGAAAAAGAGAAAUUAGAUGAUGAUCAUAAAGAAGAUGGUCCAUCUAAUGUUGAAGAGGUUGAGAAGGCUGCAAAUUCCAAGGAAUCUGAAGGAUCAGAUUGCUCUUUGAAAAAGGAACUUCUACAAGAUAGUCAUUUAAAUGAGAAGACCCUGGAAGAUACAAAUAACAACACAGUAGAGGAAAGUAAAGGUUCUAUAUCUUCAUGAAAACCCAAGUGAAUCCAAAUAACUCUUGAGGCAAUCCCAAACCCUGCUCUAAAAAAUGAAGAAGUGGCUGAUCUUGAAUCUCAGAAAUGUAUUAGAGAUGAAGGAAAUAAUUUCUCUGAUGUGAAGCAUAAUGGCCUCAAUAAUAAAAAAUCAGAAGAAAUCUCUCAGAAAAAUGAUACUAACUUUUCAGGCUUUAAUGAAGAAGAUGUAAAAUCUGACUUUGAUGAAGAAUCUAAAGAGAACACCCAAAAUUCUUGAGAAAAUGACAAGAAGUUUUCCAUCACCUCACAAACAAGUGAAGAUAACAUCAGCAAAGUAGACCAUACUUCAUGGACAGAUAAUGAGUCAUCAAAGAAUGUUGUUGGAGAAUAUAAAGAGGGCCUGAACCAAACUCAGGAUAUUCAAAAUCUUGGCUCUUCUAAUGAAGAUAAAUCCGUAACUGGGGGGAAUGUAGAUGCUUUGGAUAAAUCGCUAGAUGAGCAGACUCCCACUAAUAAAGCCAAUAAUAAUUCCAAUGAAUUUGGAGAACAAAAUCAAAAAUCUGAUGAGAAUUCCCCUUUUAAUAUUGAUCACCAACCAACUAAUCCAAACUAUUCAGGAGUUGAUGAUGCAAUUAGUGAAGAAGUCCAAGCAAAUAUUCCAAGAGAUUCCUUCUCGAGAUCGAAUUUGUCAGAAAAUUCUGAAGGCAACCCUGAAUUAGAUGAUCAAGAACCAAGUGAUCCUAAUAAAGAUCCCCAUACUGAUCAAGUCUUGAAUAUCAUGAUCUCUGAAUCUACAGGAGUUAUUGGGAAUACUAACAAUGGUUCUAGCACCUUAGAAGGAGUUGAUAAAGAUUUUGAUGGCCAAUCUACUAAAGAAGGUAUGAUAGAAGAUAAAGAGCAUGUAGUUUCCCUAUUGCAAGGAAAGUCUGAUAGCCCGGUUAUUGAACAGACAAAUUCUCUAGAAGCUGAUAAGCCUACUUUAAAUGAUGAUGAUAAUCCUGUUCCGGAUGAACGAAUGGAUGGAAGUGUUGAGGAUAAAAUGGAGAGCCUAGGUUCUGUAGCCCAUAGUCAGUGAAAUUCUUUUAGAACUCAAAAAGUAAAGCCUCAACAAAUUAUUGAUGAUGAUAACAGUAAACUUGAAUUAAAAACAGGCAUUCAAAAUAAUGAUUUUCAAAAAGAAGAAAUUCAUAAACAUCAAGAAGAUCAAAGCAAUAAACAAAAUGAAGAAAUCAAUACUACUCUGCCUCAAAGAGAUAUUAUGAAUGAUCCCAACUACGAAAAAAAUAAGCACAAAGACUGGCAAAACUGAGGCAACUCACUCCUCUUUAGUUCUCAUGAAUCUUCCUCUAAAGCUGAAAAUGCUCCUAACCCAAUGAAUACUAGUAGAAAGGGUCAUCAAAAUGAUCCUCUCUCAAUACCUGAGACAGAAUAUCACCAUCAACAAAAUUCUGAUACUAAAAAUGAUCUUAGUCAAGAAGGUUAUAAUCAAUAUCAGAAAUCUCCACAUGAAGAUUAUGAUGAUUCUAAGUGAGGAGAUGAUGAAUUUCAUUCUUGAAAUGACGAAGAGGAUCAAUCAGAGACUGAUAAAGACCCCUCUUCUCAAAUUGAUCCAAACUAUAAUCCUUUCGAUAAUGAUGAAGAGUAUAAACUUCCUCAAGAAGUUGCUUUAAACGAAAAUGAUCUUUGGUUUGUACAUCCAGGAUUUCAGAAUAAUGGGAAUAAUUGCUUCAUGAAUUCUAUCCUCCAGAUGCUCCUUUCUAUUCCUGAGUUCGUAAUAUAUUUUGUAGAUGCGCCACUGCCAGAACUUUCAGCUUGAACAAGACUUUAUUAUCGGGGAAAAUUGAAGGUAGCUUCUUUUACAGAAGAAAUGAAUAAGUUAAGAGUUUAUUGAUAUGAGAGAAAUCAUAAAAUAAUUAUGCCAAAUUUAUUAAGGAAGUUGUCAGAGGAUGAAUUUCCUAUUGGUGAGCAAAAUGAUGCAUGCAAAUAUAUGCUACAUCUGUUCGAGAAUUUACAGAAUGAAUCCGAUCCUUCUGUGCCUCACUUUGUGUCCUCAGGAUAUGAGAACUAUGCUGAAGCUUGGAUGAAGUAUCAAGAAGAUCAUUAUUCUAUCAUUGACCAACUCUUUGUGGGAAUGUAUGAGACAGUCAUCAGUUGUAAUAAAUGCAAUGAUAAGACAAGAAACUAUGAAGAAUUCAUAAAUGUUCCUCUGACGAUAGAAACUGAUGAUAAAGGAUCCAAAUCUCUUGAAUUUUUUGAAAAUCAAAAGGAAAUCUCUCCUUCUAAAUACUAUUGCUCAAAAUGAGAACUCAUCACUAGUUGAGCAAUCUUCAAAAGAAUAUGCAAAGCUCCAAAAUAUCUGAUGCUUUCUAUUCAAAGGUUCGAUGAUUUCACUCAAGAGAAGGACAAUGAUCAUGUUCACUAUCCCCCUACCUUCAGGCUAGAGCUUCCAGGUAAAAAGAAGGCAGUUUAUGACUUAAAAUCUGUGGUAUGCCAUUCUGGAGGAUUGGAAUUCGGGCAUUAUCUUGCCUUCUGCAAAAGAGGAAGAUAUUGGAGAGAUUACAAUGACGAAUAUGUCGAAUAUUCAAACAUCUAUCGGGCUACUAACGAAGAUGCUUACAUGCUCGCUUAUAAAAUUAGAUAUUAUGAAUAAUUCAAUUUGGAGAA